AAAGAGCCGGUAUGAGGGAGGAGAUCACCUGAUUUUUACCUGCUUGGGUGCGGUGACGUCAGGCGUACUGGGAAAGGUAUCGAGCGUCAAGGUGCCUCAUUGCUAUUUAGUAAAUGCUGUCCAGUUUUGCUAAAUCUUAGUGAUGACAAUUCUUGUGCGGAACCUCCCUGUGUCGGACGAUCUGAAGAGAUGUGACAUCAGAUUAUCAUAGAUAAAUAGCCUACUAUGAAGCUCAGGACCAUGUGUUCAGUGAUUUCCUGGGUUUUCUGGCUUGUCAUUUGCGUCCAAUGUGCCUCGUCGAAUGUUCCUGCUCCGGUGAACGUGUCGGUGGUCUGCAAAAACUUCCAGACGGUGGUCUCAUGGACGUACAGCCAGCAGGUCCUAGAACCCCUCUUCCGCGUGUACAUCAUCUCGCAGACCAUCGACAGCAAGGGGUGGACUACGGUCAACGAGACAACCAGGGACCUCCAGUACAACUUGACUGGCGAAGUGUGGAGUAAUUUUAUGAGUGCCAGAAACUUGUACAAGGUGGAGGUCUCCGCCGUCAGCGGCGGGCAGGAAUCCGACAGGACCACGUCUCCAAUGUUCACAUUCAAUAAAAUACACGAAGGUGUAUUUGAAAUACUCUGCACAUUGGAUCUUCCUCCAGUGGAGGUGCUUGUGAACGGCUCAGUGGCCACCGUUACCUUCCCUAACCCCAUGAGGAUCCACCCAGAGCUCAAAUGGGCCGCUGGCCUCGAGUCGGACCCUCUCUGCCUUACCUUCGAUGUCACUGAAAACAAUGUUACACAACGGGGUAAGUGCCUUGUACAAAAUGAACCGUGCAAGUUGGAUUUCAUGCUGCCUUCCAAAAAGGAAAAGCACUGCCUCUCAUUAAACGCUUGGCUCCAGAACGAUAUUCACAAGAUGGGGUUCAACCACAAAGACCCCAUCUGUGGCCAGCAGAAAUCUGUGGAAGAACCCUACUCGCUGUUCCUGGCACUGCUGCUGGCGUUGUUCAUUUUGGUGGUCUGCAGCGUGGGCUUCAUGGUCUGGAAAAGCAAGGCUUGGUUCCUUAAGUCACUAUCUUUACCCCCAACCCUGGAUCCAAUGUCUUGGUCCAACCUGCAGCAGAACAUCAUGGACCCGGAGAGCGAAAGGGUGGGUUUCCUCAGGGCCAAUGGGCAAAGCAGUCCAUCAGUGGUCAUUACCCAGAAACCAUUGGACCCUGCACACGGGCUGACGGAGGCGAACGACCAGGAAACCCUGUCGGUUGACCUAUCGUCAGAGAGUCCUGGGGACAGUUGUCCCGGUGCCCUGUACAGUGCUAGGUUCGACGGGUCAGAGGACGACCCAGAAGAGGAGGAUCCUGAACAGGAGGACGAGGUUGAAUGCGAACCAGUGUUGGAAUACGACCGACCCCAUUUCCCUUCCCUUGACAUGGGAGACAGGGACAUGGUUCAUACCUAUGGCCUAUAGCACAGAGCAACGCACUACGCACACGCACCAUUUUGAUUGUGAUCCGGACUCGUUUUGAAAACUUGGUAUGUAGGGUACCUGCUGGACAGGUCUAACCAACGCAAAGUAACGUGUUUCGCCAAAACACGUGAUAACAGCAGACUCAAGCACACCAUCAUGCCUGGAGGGUCCCUUAUUUUAAUUACUAGCUACAGCUAAUUCCCCAGCCCCCUCCCCCAAGAGGCCUAUGGGCUUUUCACCUUGGGGACAUCUUGGAUUAAACACUAGCUGGAGGGAUGGAACUGAAUUCAGUACACGGUUCAUAUAGGAUUCAGGAGCCAACAUUCUCUGGCCCCGACAUGUUAUGACAUUAUGCUCUUAGUUAAUAGUCCACCAGAGCUUGUUAACAUUGAAGAACCAAGGGUUGGAGUGAGUGUGCCAUCCCUCAUAAACCAGUGCCGCACCCUUUAUCUGUUAAGCAUUAUUUCUAAAUGCCACCUGGGUUAAAGUGUACGUCAGGAAGGGCGUGCAGACCAAAGAGGAAUGCAAACAUAGGUAUCUUGCUAAUCAGGAUAGUCAAGAGUCCAGGUCUGAAGCAAUGAUUUUACCUUCCUGGUAUUUAUUUUUAGUCACAUUGUAUAUUCUGAUGAAGGUUACUAAUAAAAAGUGAUUUCUUAAA